AUAAAACAAAAAAAAAAAAUUUCCCAAUCCUAUAUCUCUUUUCUCUCUCGAUCAGAAGGCGAAUCAAUCCCCGAUUUGAUUCCUUCUUCGACUCCAUUUCUUCGGCCUAGUCAACUCCAGUUCUGUUUCGGAUUACGCCUUAGAUUUCCUGCUCGACCAAAGAGUCCGGAUCAAAUGGAGUGGAUGAACCGCCUUGGUAUCGGUUGUUUCGCGGCGAAUCGGAGCAAAAGGGAGCUGAAGAAAGAGAUUGACAACAGCGGCGAAGAUUUUUUCGAUGCGGCUGUUAUGGAAUCUGCUGAGAAGCCGGAUCAUUUGGUGGUCAUGGGUAACGGAAACGUUGGCAGAGCAUCCAUGGCUAAGAAAAGGUGGAGAAGCAUCGGAUAAACCUAUUAGAGCAAUGAAUAAGCUAAAGAAACUUGCUUUAAAGGUGAUUGCGGAGAAUAUUGACACGGAAGAGAUACAGGCGAUGUUUGCUAAUAUAGAUACAGACAAUAGUGGUACAAUCACAUAUGAAGAAUUGAAAGAAGGCUUAGCCAAGUUGGGAUCAAAACUCACUGAAGCCGAAGUGAAACAGCUCAUGGAUGCAGACAAGACCAAAGGUACUGAUUUUACUGCUAUCUCUUCGAGAUCACCUGAGAUACAUUUUAACCCUGUUGAUGUUGAAACUUCACCAAACCAGCAACGUCUUAUAUCUCCAGUUGAUAAUGAGCUAGAAAACCUCAUUGACAUUGACGUGAAAUUGAUACAAUGCUAACUCCGCAUCUUGUAGUAUCUCAAACCGGUUUUGAGCACGAGGAACAUUUUAACUCUGACAUUGAUACAGCAUCUGCCCAGCUUUUUGUUAUAUCUCAACUAGUACUCUUUUUGUCUU